AUGGGUUGUUGUCAAUCUUCAAUCCAGCAAGAGCUAAGCUCAGAGAAGGAUCAGCGCCAUGGAGGAGUGAGCCACCCACGCGCCUCCAACGGGACCGGCGCCGCCGUGGGUGACGGUGGUGUACCGGUUUUCUCGGAGUUCUCACUUUCUGAGCUCAAAGCAGCUACGAAUAACUUCAGCUCAGAGUUCAUAGUUUCUGAAAGUGGCGAAAAGGCCCCUAAUAUGGUUUACAAGGGCCGUUUGCAGAAUCGGCGUUGGAUCGCUGUUAAGAAAUUUACUAAAACGGCUUGGCCUGAUCCUAAACAGUUUGCGGAUGAAGCAUCAGGUGUUGGGAAAUUGAGGCAUAAAAGGCUGGCUAAUUUGAUUGGCUACUGUUCUGAUGGGGAUGAAAGGCUGCUUGUAGCUGAGUACAUGCCAAAUGAUACACUUGCUAAACAUCUGUUUCACUGGGAGAAUCAAACCCUUGAAUGGGCAAUGCGUUUAAGAGUGGCUCUAUAUAUUGCUGAAGCAUUGGAUUACUGUAGCAGUGAAG